UUGCAUUUACUACACUGACCCUGCUGCUGGGGACAACAAAGUUGAUUUGACAUGAUGCUCGCUGCACCUGGCCCUGGAAUUGUCGUAUUAUUUGCUUGGCUCUCUCCAAGUUACGCUCUCUAUUUUCACAUUGGAGAGACGGAGAAAAAAUGCUUUAUAGAGGAAAUUCCAGAUGAGACUAUGGUUAUUGGUAAAUUAUUAUUUUAGCUUUAGAUAACGUUAUAGCUGGUUAACUAGCUAGCUGCUUCUGGCUCAUAGGCUAUUUUGAUUAAUCCAGUUAGUCAGUGCACGCAUGUCUUUAAUUUCCUGACUGAUGUAGCUAGAUUUGAUGGAUAAAAAAUAUAUCCUAUCUCAUGGGUCUUAAUUAAUAAAUGUUUUCUAGCUGGCUAGCUACAAAAGAUGAGAAGAUUAUACAGUCACUGACUGUGGGAUCAGUCAACGUAUUAUUUGAGAUGGAGUAUGCCCUCUAGUGAGGAUGUGAGGAAUAGCCUUUCAUCUGGCAUCUCUCUAUUAUUAGGGAAAUACAGGACUCAGCUGUGGGACAAGCAGACGGGAUCCUUCCUCCCAGCCACCCCUGGCCUUGGAAUGCAUGUGGAGAUCAAGGAUUCGGAUACUAAGGUCAGUCAAACAAUGAGAAUAAAGAUUAGAUAUAAGGUUACCACACUCACUACACUUUGUGUGUGUGUCUUCAUACACACAAUGCCUCCACGUAUGUUUAAUCGGCAUGUUUCUCUCUCCCCAACCCUCUAUUCUAGAUAAUCCUGUCUCGUCAGUAUGGGUCAGAUGGACGGUUCACCUUUACGUCCCAUACACCAGGCGCACAUCAGAUCUGCCUGCACUCCAACUCCACCAAGAUGGCCCUCUUCGCUGGCGGCAAACUGGUAUGAGUGGGAUGUUGUUGUUCUGGACAUUUUCUUCUCACAAAAACCUUCUGUAUAGCAGUAAAUAUGCAGAUAGUCUGACAUACUAACCUUGUGUUCCAUUUUACAGAGAGUCCACCUGGAUAUUCAGGUUGGUGAACAUACCAACAACUACCCCGAAAUCGCAGCAAAAGACAAGCUCACAGAGCUGCAAUUAAGAGCUCGACAAUUACUGGACCAAGUAGAACAAAUCCAGAAAGAGCAAAACUAUCAGCAGGUGGGUUGAAAGAGAACUUCUACAUUUUGAGUUGAAUAACUAAGCCACAACAUAGGUGAUAAUAUUGAUUUAUUUUAACCUGCAUAAUGUCAUACAAAGCUGUUGUGGAAUCGAUGUCUUACCCUCGUCUUUCAAUGAUCUAGUGACUGUCUGCGUAUCUCUUUACAGUAUCGUGAGGAGCGGUUCCGCAUGACGAGUGAGAGCACUAACCAGCGUGUGCUUUGGUGGUCUAUAGCUCAGACACUUAUCCUCCUCACCACUGGCAUCUGGCAGAUGAAGCACCUCAAGAGCUUCUUUGAGGCCAAGAAGUUGGUGUAAUGCCCACAGUACAUCACUGAUUGAGUUCCAAGACAGGAGUUACACCCAUACGGAGCGAACUGGUAGAGAGAGAUGCUGUUGUGACUAGUAGAGAUGCUUAAA